AUGGCCGCCAAGUACGACCAAGCCAACCGGUUGGACGUCGUCAUCGUCAUGGACUGUACCAGCUCGAUGGGGGCGUGGAUUGCAUCUGCGAAAGACGCGUCGACGACAAUCAUUCGCAACAUCCAGACCGACCACCCCAACGCUGUCGUCCGCGUCGGCUUUGUUGGGUACCGCGACUAUAUCAACGGCAACGACCGCAUCGCAUCGAUUCCGCUCACGACCAACACGGCGGACGUCCACGGUUUUAUCAGCCAGCUCCGUGCACGCGGCGGGUGCGGCAACUUUGCCGACGUUCCUGGCGGCCUCGCCGAGGCCCUCGAGAUGCGCUGGGAGGCCGACGCCAAAGUCAUCAUCUUGGUUGGUGACGCGCCGUGCCACGGCCAAGAGUUCCACGACCGCUACAACGGCACAAUGCACCCGUCGACGCCGUGCAUUCGCGAGCAAAUGCGCACGAUGGCGCGCACAGGCAUUGAUUUCCGGUUCCUCGAGAUCGUGCCGGCCAACACGGCCAAAAUGGUCGCGAUUCUACAGGCCGAGUACGCGUCGACGCUCGCCGACGACGGCUUGGCGCGGUCGUUUGCGUCCGUGUCGCUCUCCGAGUCUGGCGAUGUGCUUAAAUUUGGCGACGUCGUGCGCCAGAUCAGCAGCGAUUCGCUGAAGGCGAGCAAGUCGCGAAGCGCCAUUGCCAGCGUCAAGGCCGUCGCUGUGCGUGAGCCACAUACGUCGACGUUGAUCAAGAUUGGCGAGGACGACGAUGACGACGACGACGACGACGAUGACAAAGAUGCCAAAGAGGCGGUGGCAGCCAAAGCGUCGCCAGACGUUGUGCAGUGGACGCCGCCAACGACGACGACGCCGCUCAACUGGAGUGACGUCGAAGCGUGUCCCGAGAUCAGCGCGACUCGCUACUGUAUGUUCAUUCGCCCCGAGUGCAACAACUUGGCGAAGCCGCAGACGACAACUACGUCGCAGGCGACGACGAUCAAGUUCAUGCCGACACCGUUCGCCAAGGGUGCGAUGCGCACGGCGCAUGGAAUGAUCGACUGCAAGUUCAACAACCUCCGGCUUGCGGCCAAGUGCUACUUUGGCACCGCCGCCGCGAUGGACUACAAAAUCCAAAACGACGUCGAGAUGCACGCUGUCGCGAAGCGGCUCGCGAUGGAGUUUUCCAAGUCGCCGCACGCGGGUGUUGGCGUCGAUUUUAUCUCGACGUGCUGGUACGAAGUCAAGGGCCGGCCGCUGUUCACGGCCGAGCCCUACAUUUCUGGCGAGUACCUCAAGUACAACAACAACGAUGGGUGGUCCGAAGACAUGGGCCGCGACGAAUCGAACGUGCAAGUGCUGACGGCCCAAGCGUUCAGCCACUUUACGUUUCAGCAGACGCUUGGGAAGCUCCUGAUUGUGGAUCUGCAAGGCGUCGGCUCAAUCUUCACAGACCCGCAAAUCCACGCCCUUGACACGACCAAGUACGGCCAAGGCAACUUGGGGAUGGUCGGCAUCCAAAAAUUUCUCGCCAACCACAAGUGCAACCGUAUCUGCAAUGCGCUUCGCCUGACGCCAUACGACAAGAGCACGCUGCCGCCCGUCGACGAGACCGAGCAUACGCCGCACCCGGACCAAACCAUGACGUGCAGCUGCCCCCUCUGUGGGUCCAUCUUUACGCUGCUCCACUCGGGCUUUGUCGCGGAGCUCGCCAAGUACUCGGAGAUCAACUGCACCCCUUGCUCGCUCGAAGUCAAAAAGUCCUUGACGCCUGUCCCGUGCACCGUCUGCGGCACGACCAAAAGCUACUCGCUGUACUGGUACAAGAUGAAGGGCAUGGAGCUGCCAAAGCUCUGCCGGCAAUGCAAAGCCACCAAGAAGAGCACCAAGGCGCCAUCGGCGCCAAAGCGUCCGACGUGGCACAAGAUCCGGAUCGCGCCCACGUUUGCCGUCAAGGAGCACGCGUCCGGGCUCAAGGAGCUCUUGCGCCUCCACCCUGCGAUCGAGAUUCGAGACAGCGGCAACCCUGCCGUCUAUUUCGCCCGGCUCCGGACGCGGUCGUAA